CCCACACUGGACAGCACUGCAUGGACAGCACUGCAUGUAUAGCACUGGAUUUUUCAACAAGUGUCCAUUCAGCCAAACGCAAAACCUCAGCGUCUGACCUGGCUCCGGUAACCCUGUCUUUUGCAUUUUCUAUAAAAGCGUAAAAGUGCUUUUUCCGUUGGGACAUUGUGAUAUUCUACUAAUAUUAUACAAGUCAGUUUUAGCGGCUUUAAAUCGUGUUCAGGUUUAUUAAGGGAUAAGAAAUACAGUCGCGUAAACUGAAUAACGUAUAUAUUAUCUUCUCUGGACAUAAAUUAAUCAAUGGACAUACAUUAAAGUGAUUUUAUUUAUUUGAAGCUUUCUUUGUCUUACUGAAGGUGAAGUAUUUGGGAAUUGAACCGAAUCAAAAAUAAUUUACAGUGAACAGCUAGUUACACGGAAACAUGUAUUUUGUGAAUAGGCCAGCUGCUUUUAUUUCCCAUUCAGCCGGAGAAGAUGAAACUGUGAGCGCCGCUUAAUCUCAGGCAGCGGCGCCGCUUACAGAUCCGCGCUUCCGUCAGGAUUCCGGCAAAGGUUCGAUCGUUUCUCGGCGAAACAAAGCGGAAAAGUUAUUGGUGGCAGAUGCGGCCAGAUUUUUAAGAUCAUCUUUGGAAUGAAACAGCCCCGUUCUUUAAAUGAGAACCGCUCUUAACGGAGCGCACAAACCCAGUGCCAGGGGUCCGAUACCAACCGCCGAUCUACGGUGAAAUGAAAGGAUACCGGUAUUACCGGGACGGACCCGCAGCACGGAUGGGCUAAAACUGAUGAGAGAGCCGGACUCGUCCGGACCUUGACGACAGAAGGACCAUCUAAUGCGACAGGUUCGGCUCGGAUGCGAAUGUCUCUGCGCUCACGGAAAGGAGUGCUGAGAGAUUAACAGAAGGGAUUAAGAGAAACCAAUGUCAGCGUUAAACCUCUUUCCCCGACGUGGACCAUGGAGAAAAGAAUGGGCUUUUUACUUCCGCUGCUUUACUUUAUGGCAGAGUUUUAUGUGAGUUCGCAGCAAGUCCUUAGAAUCGGGGGAAUUUUUGAGACCCUGGAGAAUGAGCCAAUAAGUGUGGAAGAACUAGCCUUCAAAUUUGCCGUCACGAACAUAAACCGAAACCGAACUCUGAUGCCAAACAGUACCCUGACAUACGACAUCCAAAGGAUAAACCUGUUUGACAGUUUUGAAGCUUCCAGGAGGGCCUGUGACCAGCUCGCCUUGGGUGUCGCAGCAAUAUUUGGCCCCUCCUACAGCUCCUCAGUCAGUGCGGUCCAAUCUAUUUGCAAUGCCCUUGAGGUGCCCCACAUCCAGACCCGGUGGAAACAUCCCUCUGUAGACAACCAGGACACCUUCUACAUCAACCUGUACCCCGAGUACACCUCCAUCAGCCGCGCCAUCCUGGACAUCGUGCAGUUCUACAAGUGGAAGACCGUCACUGUGGUAUACGAGGACAGCACAGGAUUAAUACGUCUUCAGGAGCUGAUCAAAGCCCCAUCCAGAUACAACAUUAAAGUCAAAAUCCGGCAGCUGCCAGCGGGGAACAGGGAUGCACGACCUCUGCUGAAAGAGAUGAAGAAAGGGAAAGAGCUUUAUGUCAUCUUUGACUGCACACACCAGACCGCUGCCAACAUCCUGAAGCAGAUCCUGUCCAUGGGAAUGAUGACGGAAUACUAUCACUUCUUCUUCACCACACUUGACCUGUUUGCCCUGGACCUCCAGCCUUAUCAGUACAGCGGUGUCAACAUGACCGGCUUCCGCCUCAUCAACAUGGACAGCCCCCGCGUGGCUUCCGUGGUAGAGAAGUGGUCCAUGGAGAGGCUGCAGGCUCCUCCCAAACCCGAAAGCGGACUCCUGGACGGCAUGAUGACGACCAAGGCAGCCCUGAUGUAUGAUGCAGUGAGCAUGGUUGCUGUAGCUGCCCAGCGAUCCACACAGAUGACCGUUAGCUCACUGCAGUGCCACAGACACAAGCCCUGGCGCUUUGGACCACGGUUCAUGAACAUGUUCAAAGAGGCUCAGUUGGACGGACUGACCGGACGUAUAAUUAUAAACAAAACCGACGGCUUAAGAAAGGAGUUCAAUCUGGAUGUUAUCAGUCUGAAGGAGGAUGGUGUGGUAAAGACGCUGUCUGAUGGUACUAGACGCCCGAGCGGAGUGUGGAGAAAGAUUGGAGUAUGGAAUUCCAUCAGCGGCCUUAACUUAACCGACAGUGACAAGGACAAACCUACAAACAUCACAGAUUCUAUGGCAAACAGGACCCUGGUUGUCACUACUAUUCUGGAAAAUCCAUACGUCAUGUAUAAAAAGUCGGACAAGCCUCUGUAUGGCAAUGAUCGCUUUGAGGGCUACUGUCUGGAUCUACUGAAGGAGCUCUCCAACAUCCUUGGCUUCUCCUACGAGGUGAAGCUGGUUUCGGACGGGAAGUACGGAGCUCAGAACGACAAGGGGGAGUGGAACGGCAUGGUCAGGGAACUCAUAGACCACGUGGCUGACCUGGCAGUGGCCCCCCUGACCAUCACCUAUGUGAGGGAGAAAGUCAUCGACUUUUCGAAACCCUUCAUGACUCUUGGCAUCAGCAUCUUGUACCACAAGCCCAACGGCACAAACCCGGGGGUCUUCUCAUUCUUGAACCCACUGUCGCCUGACAUUUGGAUGUACGUCUUGCUGGCCUGCCUGGGUGUCAGUUGCGUUCUGUUCGUCAUCGCCAGGUUUACACCUUAUGAAUGGUACAACCCGCACCCCUGUAAUCCAGAUUCGGAUGUGGUGGAGAACAGCUUCACUUUAUUGAACAGUUUCUGGUUUGGAAUUGGAGCACUCAUGCAACAAGGCUCUGAGGUGAUGCCCAAGGCUCUGUCAACGAGAAUCAUCGGAGGGAUCUGGUGGUUCUUCACCCUCAUCAUAAUCUCAUCUUACACUGCCAACCUGGCUGCCUUCCUGACGGUCGAAAGGAUGGAUGCGCCCAUUGACUCGGCAGACGACUUGGCAAAGCAAACAAAAAUCGAGUAUGGAGCAGUAAGAGAUGGAUCUACCAUGACAUUCUUUAAGAAAUCCAAAAUAUCCACGUAUGAGAAGAUGUGGGCGUUCAUGAGUAGCAGGAAGAACACCGCACUGGUCAAAAACAAUGGCGAGGGGAUACAGAGAGUCCUCACCACAGACUACGCUCUCCUCAUGGAGUCCACCAGCAUUGAGUACAUUAGUCAGAGAAACUGCAACCUCACGCAGAUCGGGGGCCUGAUAGAUUCAAAAGGCUAUGGAGUGGGCACUCCCAUUGGUUCCCCUUACAGAGACAAGGUGACCAUCGCCAUCCUCCAGCUCCAAGAAGAAGGGAAGCUGCACAUGAUGAAGGAAAAGUGGUGGAGGGGUAACGGCUGCCCGGAGGAAGACAGCAAGGAGGCCAGCGCCCUGGGCGUGCAGAACAUCGGGGGCAUCUUCAUUGUGCUGGCCGCCGGCCUGCUGCUCUCUGUGUUUGUGGCCAUCGGGGAGUUUAUCUAUAAAUCGAGAAAACAGUCACGCAUGAGCCAGUGUUCCUCCUUCAACACUCUCAUGGAGGACCUGGGAAUUUCCUUCAAAUGUCUCAAGACUGUCAAGAAGAACCCAAGGACCAAGGGGCGGUCGGGGCUGGUCAGCUUUUUGCCAUGCCACCCCAAACGCAUCCUGAGGAAAGAAACUAUGGCGUAG